AAUGAUUUGGACAUGUAUAUGUGCAUAUUUAUUUGUUUUUCCUAAAGUUGAGUAUUUUAGGGAAAAUUAUCAGACUGGCCACCAGCAAGAGUUGCUGGCUGCACUCCAAGGCCACCAAAAUUUUGUUGUGAGAACCUCUACUCUAGGAGACUAGAAGCAUUGAAUUAUCUCGUGGUUUUUGGUUUUUUUUUUUAAAUGUGGCCAGAUCAUUUUAAAACUCUCAAAACCAAUAUGAAAUCAACAACUUAACCGGCCCAUUUAGCGGGCAGAUUUGGCCACAGUGACACUUACGUGCCUUUGCUAGCAGGAAACUUUCUGUUGAUGCUCUCCAGGCAUCUGGGGGAGCCAGAGUCUGGCAAAGGGACAGGACGAAAGGUUGUUGCUCUGUAGGAGGGAGCGGGUGGAGUUUGGCAGUGAUUGAUGGGAAAGAUGUGACUGAAUUUAAAAAAAAAAACGAUUUGCCUAAUUUACUGGAUUUAGGCGCAUACCGAGAGCGAGGAGAGGCUGCUUUGCUGCUGACAUCCACUUAGUCGUUUCGCGGGAGCCAGUUCUUCCUGCGGCUGCAGAGCCAAGCUGCUGCUAACCAGGCAGCGUCCUUCAGAGCGCGGGUGCUGAAUCGCAGGCAGGCUCUGGGAAGCAGGAACCCGCUCUUGGCAGCCGGUUUGUGCUGGGAGGAUUUGAAAGGUAAAUAGAUUUUUAUAGCAAGCUGAGGACGAGCCACUGAACACGCGUUUUCUUCCCUGGGGAGAAAAAAAACCCCAAACCUUGGGGCUUUUCUUUGAACGGAUAAAGGAGUUGGAGGUGCUGAGAGGAAACCCUCCCUAGGGACGGAGUGGGACCCGGCGCCGCUCGGCUCUGCCCCACUCCUGGCAGCGGCAUGCACGGACUCAGCCUCUGGAGCCUCCUCGCUCCCGCGCUGCUGCUCAGCUGCUGCGCCGCCUGGGAGGAGAGGGGGUCCCCGCGCCCGCGGGGCGUCUCGCAGCAUAGCCCGCUUUCCCCGGGGGCCGCGGUGACCCGCACGCCCGGGCUCAAGGGCUCCGGCUCCAACGCGUCCAGCUCGGCUGUGCCCGGGAGCCGCCGAGCCGGCGACCCCGGCCGAGCCCGCUCGCUGUCUCCGCCCAUGUGCACCGGGCAGACGGAGGUGAAGGAAACGUUCAAGUACAUCAACACGCUGGUGUCCUGCCUGGUGUUCGUGCUGGGCAUCAUCGGCAACUCCACGCUGCUGCGCAUCAUCUACAAGAACAAGUGCAUGAGGAACGGCCCCAACAUCCUGAUCGCCAGCCUGGCCCUGGGGGACCUGCUCCACAUUACCAUCGCCAUCCCCGUCAACGUGUACAAGCUCCUUGCAGAGGACUGGCCCUUUGGAGUUGAAAUGUGUAAACUGGUGCCCUUCAUUCAAAAGGCAUCAGUGGGCAUCACUGUGUUAAGUUUGUGUGCCCUCAGUAUUGAUAGGUAUCGAGCAGUUGCUUCCUGGAGCCGAAUCAAAGGAAUUGGAGUGCCAAAGUGGACUGCCGUUGAAAUUGUAUUGAUCUGGGUUAUGUCAGUCGUUUUAGCUGUUCCUGAAGCUAUAGGUUUUGAUAUGAUUGUUAUGGAAUAUAAAGGAAAGCAUCUUAGAAUCUGUAUGCUUCAUCCCACACAAAAAACAUCCUUUAUGCAGUUUUACAAGACAGCUAAAGAUUGGUGGCUGUUUAGCUUUUAUUUCUGUUUGCCGUUGGCCAUCACAGCACUUUUUUAUACUCUGAUGACCUGCGAGAUGUUAAGAAAGAAAAGUGGAAUGCAGAUUGCUUUAAAUGACCACUUAAAACAGAGACGCGAGGUGGCCAAAACUGUGUUCUGUCUGGUGCUUGUCUUUGCCUUGUGUUGGCUCCCUCUUCACCUAAGUAGGAUUUUGAAGCUCACUAUAUAUGAUCAAAGAGACCCCAAUAGAUGUGAACUUUUGAGCUUUUUUCUUGUAUUGGACUACAUUGGUAUUAACAUGGCUUCGCUGAAUUCCUGCAUUAACCCAAUAGCCCUGUAUUUGGUGAGCAAAAGAUUCAAAAACUGCUUUAAGUCAUGUUUGUGUUGCUGGUGCCAAUCCAAAGACAUGCUGUCCCUGGAGGAAAAACAAUCCUGCUUAAAGUUCAAAGCUGAUGAUCAUGGAUAUGAUAAUUUCCGCUCCAGUAAUAAGUACAGUUCAUCAUAAAAAAAUGGAUCCUCUGAAAUUAAUUUCAGUGCCUUUAUUUGAGUCUGACUGACAAUUGCUGUUAUAGAUUAAGACAGUAGAACUUUUGAAAAAUCUAGUUUUCUGUUUGCACAAAAAGUAAAUAAAAAAUUGAUUGCCCACAGUUACAUAACAUUCAUAAUUAUGCAUGGUAUCAUUAGCCACUUGCAAAACAUGAAGAACAACAGCAGAAAAAACUAAUUGUUAAAGCACUUAAAUUCUUUGGAGUCAGCAAUUCCAGACCAUCCUCACUUCCAGUAUAUCAGUCAUUUGUGUUCAUUAUAAGCGCCUUAGGAACUAGAGUCACAAUUCUUACUAAAUAGCAAACAAUAUCUUUUGUUAGAUCAAAGCCAAUAUUGUAUAUAACUCAAUGUAUUAUAUUUGUAAAGCAGAUUGAGUGUCUAAAUUGUUUUUAAAAAAAUCAAAUCCAAAAUACUUAAUAGCACAGUUUAAACAAACAAACAAACAAACAAACAAACAAAAAAGUACUUUUAUCUGGAAUGUUACACUACUACUAGCUGAGAACAAUACUAACAGGAUACAGUCAAGUUAAAAAUCACACUUCUGUCUAAAUAUUUUUACCUACUACUAUUACAAGUAACAUUUAAGGUCACUACAAAUAUUGUUCUCUCUUAUCAGUUUAUUUCAUGCAUUUGUGGUAGCACUUUUAAUAGUCCAGUCCACUGUUUCCCCAGUUAUUUGACAUAGUGUUUCACAUAAUAGAGGAGAAAAACAUUUUUAAAUGGAGGAAAAUAUGAUUGCAGAAUCACAAAAAUUCUGCACAGUCACUGAAAUUAAUGAUUUUUUAAAUUGUUUAGAUAUCAAGUUUACAGCAUCCCUUUUAAAUAAUGGGCCUUCAAGUAAUUGACUGUAGUUUAGCCAACUUUAUCUUUCUAGAGAUUACAAAUGAAAUUGAUUUCUCAUGGGAAAAAUCAGAAGCAAUCUAAAUGAUGGUUGGGAAAAAGAACCCUUAAUAUAGCAGAUAGUACAAAAUGUACCAGAGGUAGACAGAGCAUUUUGGGUUCUAAUUGUAUUUAGUUCUGCUAGGUCUUUAAGAAAAUAUUCACAGACUGUACUUAAAAGGCAAAUACUACAUCAUACGGUAAUUCUUGACAUUGUUAUAAAAUGUUUUUUCUUUCCAUGUGGUAAUAGCAUUUGUGAUUAGUUUCUACUUCUGUAAAUAUUUUAGUGAAGUAUAAUUAAAUGUAAAAUAUUAAAAUAUGGGCAGGACCCUAUAAGAAUAUAGAGAGAUAAAGAUGCCUGUGGUAAACAUGAUGUGUAUUGCCAGGAGCAGUUCACAUUUUGUGUAUGCAUGGCAGACUAAUGCUUGUCUUUUUAAAUAUUUUAAUCCAAGCAACUCUCGCGUUAAAUCUUUUGCUAGUACUAGUUACCAAUACUAGGAUUAGUAAAAGCAUGACUCUUUGGCUUUGCAUCUCCAAUUGAUUUGUUGCAGAUUCUCCAAAAAAAUUAACACAUUUCAAGCAGUAAAUCAUGAGUUUUUCCUACAAAUACCAACAGAAAACAUUUUGAAAGUGAGAAAUGGUUUCAGCACAUACCAUACUUUAUUAUAAUACAGUAUUGGUCAAACUCAGGAAUUUUCCUACCUUCCAAAUGUCAAGUGUAAGAAUUCCUUGUACACCUUGUCCACAAAGUGCCUUAGAUAUUCUCAGGAUAAAAACAGUUUGAAUCAGAUCAUUAGUUUGCUAUUUUCAUCACCCUUGGCCCAUAAACCCAACUACCAUACACUUAACAGAAUGAAAUACAUGGGGGGGUUGUUUCUUUAAACAGAAACACAAAGUAAGAAGUCCUUCAAGAUGUGUUCUGACAAUUCCUAAAGUAGAAAAAUAGUUUUUUGAAGUAAAAAUAAUUUCUUUUCUUGUGCACAAGAAGUCAAUAAUUUGACUAGUAUACCAUGUAAAUAUUAUGAAUGUUCAACACACUGUUUAUUUUAUCAAUUUUCACAUUGAGACGUGAAUUAAUGCAAAUAAACAAUUAUUUCUGUGAAAUGCAUUUCAUAUAUUAAAAAUGGGUAACCAACUAAAUCCUAAAUUUGAUACUGGUCAGUGUUAUUUUCAUAAAGCUAUAUCAUUACAAUAUUGUACAUGUAUAUUAUUUUUAUUUCUGUUGAAAUGUAGCUGUUUUAUUCUACAACUGUGUAACAUGUUUUUUUUCUUUUUCCUGGACUAGUUCCUUGUUAAGUUGAACCCUCAUGGGCCCAGACAUUUAGGUAUUGCAGACAAAGGGCAUGUGCACUGCCUAAUUUUCAGAACAUAAUAUAUACUUAAUGGAAAACUUUUUUUUUUUAAUUUCCAGUAUUAACAAAGCAGUAUUUUUUCCAGCAACUAUAUUUUUCCUGUAAUAACAAAACCUGCUGCUUACAUGGGUUAAAAAAAAAUACAAGGGAAAACACAAGAGAAUCUGUGUUCUAGCUAGAAACCAAGCUAUGAAGGAUGGGAUUUUCAAGAGUGCUCAGUGUUGGCAAGUCAAUGGAAGUUUAACUAUUGGCUUCCGUAAGAGAAGUUAGGCCACCACUUGGAGCUUUUAAAAUACCCAUCUGAAAUUUGCUACCUGUCCUAUCAUCCUUGAAUAAAUAGUAAAUGCAAAACUUGUUUUCAAGGAUGAGGAGUUACCUAGAUUAGUGAUGAGGUAAAAGGGAGUGAAAUUGGCUCUGGUGUAAAGAUCUAGGCUGGCAGACAUCUCAUGUAUCCUCUAUCAGCCAUAUGGGGCACCUGUACACCAUUAGGUACCAUGGAAAAGGUCUGUGCACUAUCCCAGAAGAGCCUGACAUAGCAGGCCAACAUGACGGGGAGCCAGAGAAAGGAUCCUAGAUUCCUCAGCCCUGGUACCCUGUGCAAUGGCCACAGAGCGACUUAAAACUCUUAUUUCAAUCCCUAGGCUAGAUUAACAGCCUCGGAGGGGCCCAUCAUGGGCGGUGGGUGAACCCCCAUUCGGGGAGGCUAACCCACCAGCCCUACCCCUUCUGCCCACAGCACCCCCUCCCCAUAGCUAGAGCCCCGAAGCCCUCCCACCCCCAGUGGCUGGAGGAGCCCUAGCCCAGCCACUCCAAGCCAGUGACCAGGCCCAGGGCCAGCUCUACCAUUUUACCGCCCUAACUGCCAAAGCAAAGAAAAAAAAAAAAAGCCACCCGGACUGAGCGGCCCCAAGAAUGGACGGAAUGCCGCCCCUUAGCAUGUGCUGCCUCAGGCAUGUGCUUCCUCUGCUGGGGCCUGCAGCCAGCCCUGACCAGGCCAAGCCCUAGGCCACCAGCCAGCCCCAGCACUGGGUCAAGCCGCUGGCCUGAGCACCAGCCGCUGGCAAGCCCAAGCUCCAGACCGCCAGCUAGAGCUGAGCUGCCGACAGCUUCGGGGAGGAGGGGGAGAGAGUGGUGGGGCCUCAGGGCGGAACAUGGAUAGGGCCAUGGCCUGGGGUAGAGCAAGCUUAGCCUGCCCUGGCCUUUGAUACCAACCACCCAGGGGGCUACGCAGGAGCUUUGUGCUUUGGCCAUGAGUUAGCAGGUGGCUUUCACCUCCUCAUCCUCUCUGUACUCCACCCACAUAGUGCUUUAUGUGAGUGAAGUAGGUUUCAUGCUGGGUGAAUUGCACUGAUACACUGGUACUGCAUUUAGGAAAAAUCAAAUGCAAAUACAGUGUUAGUAUAUAGUGUCCAUUGUAUGUUGUUGGUAUUUAACUAUCCCAAACAGCUUUUAAUAGACACAUGUACUGGCUAUACCAAGACACAGGUGGUUAGCAGUGGAAUGUUGUGUGUACCUACAUGAAAAUGUAAAAUCAUUUUUUUCUUUAGUGUUGUGUAUAACCAUGUAAAAUAAUUGCUUUUUAUGGUCACUAAAAUAGCAACUUUUGUGUUUGCUACAGUGUAAACAAACUGAAUUACCAAUAAAAAUAUUUUAGUUGCUUCA